AUGGUUUGUUGGCAAUUGGGUUGUACGAAAAUUUGUACGACCGAAUUUGCUCUGCAUCGUCGUCGGAUCUCUCUUGUUCGUCGUCGCUUUUUGCCUUCUCGAUUUUUCCCGCCACUCUUUGGCCGAAACCCUAACCGCUCGUCUUCUCCUUCCUCCGUCGCCCAUGGCGGGGCUCCUCGCCCGCGCUCUCCGCUUCUUCUCCCGAGCCGCAUCAGUGAAGGGGGUUACCUCCCGUCGCCUCGAGAUUCGUGCUUUACGGGGGCGUUGGGGGUGCUCUUUGUGGGCGCUAGUAGGAGGUGGUAUCGGAAGGUGAGGCGGAGCCCACGGGUCAGGCCGCGAAGAACUAAGGAGAAGCCUUUGGAGCUCGACGUUGAGAUCUGCAUCGAAGAAGAGCUCCCAGAGGAUCCGCAGCUUUUGAGUAUUGCAGAGACGCUGCAAAUGGAUGUUGCCAGGGCAAUAAAAGUUGCAUUUGAUGAUAUAAAAGACUCCGAAUAUAAAUUUAGAGACAAAUGUAUAGAUGAUGUUGAUAAGUAUGAGAAAGUUGAGUUGUCAUUGCUUCUUUGUAAUGACAAAUUUAUCCGAAAACUAAACAAAGAAUGGAGGGACGAGGACCGAGCUACCGAUGUCCUUUCUAUGUCACAACACGUCCCUGAACUUAACAUGCCGACUCUAUUAUUAGGCGAUAUAGUGAUCUCUGUUGAAACUGCUACACAUCAAGCAGAGGAGAGAGGCCAUGAACUUCUUGAUGAGAUAAGAAUUCUCAUGGCCCAUGGCCUAUUGCAUCUUCUGGGCUUCGAUCAUGAGAUUGGUGGUGAGGCUGAAUCUGAAAUGAGAACGGCAGAAGAAAACAUUUUGAGGAGUCUUGGGUGGAAAGGAAAGGGUCUAAUUAAUAGUGCACAGGAUGCUGUUGCUGAUGAAAGCCCUUCAGCAGAAAAUUUUGCAGACAUAACCAAAAUGGCAAGGAAAGAAAGCUCUAUUGAAUGUCACAAAUCAAAACUCAGCUAUAUCUUUUGUGAUUUGGAUGGUAUUCUGAACAGUAAAAAUGAGAUCACUACAAGAACAGUUGAAGAUCUGAUAGAAGCAGCUUCUAGGGGAGUAAAAAUGGUCAUUGUUACUGGAAAGACUCGAUCAGGCAUUAUAAGAGCUUUAGAGAUAGUUGGUUUUGCAGAAAAAGUUGGUGUUGUAUCUGAAUCAUCUCCAGGUGUCUUUCUACAGGGAUCACUUGUUUAUGGAAGAGAAGGCCAAGAGAUAUUCAAAGCAGAAUUAGAUCAAGAUGUUUGUAGAAAGGCAUGUUUGUACUCUUUGGAGCAUGAGGUUCCUUUAGUAGCGUUCUGUGGGGAACAUUGUUUAGCCUUGUUCGAACAUCCUUUAAUUGAAUCACUACAUACUAUACAUCACGAACCAAAGGCAGAGAUCAUGCCUUCGGUUGAGCACAUUUUGGCAUAUUCUAGUAUACAGAAGCUAAUUUUUCUUUAUACUGCUGAUGGGGUGUUCUCUGUUCUGCAUCCCUACUGGUCAGAGGCAUUAAAGGGACGAGCUUGUAUUGUCCAGGAAAUGCCAGAUAUGCUUGAAAUUGUUCCUCCCGGUAUUUCCAAGGGCAGUGGUGCAAAGUUGCUGUUGGAUCACCUUGGAAUUACGGAAAAAGAGGUUGUGGCUAUCCAACAAGGGGAAUGAUGUUGGGUUGCUCGAUAUUCAAGGACUUGGCAGUAGGAAGUGUUGCAGUCGAGGCUAAAGCUGCUGAUAAUACAAUCAGAGGCACCAAGAACAACCAGAGGCAUUUGCGAGGCUGCAUACCGAAGCUUUACGACAUGGAUCUGAGCUUGCUUAUGCUACUUACCCCUCUGUUUCAUAUAUUGUUGUUGGUAUUGUCAGAGGAUACUGCCUCGUAUUUGGCUGUGUAUUAUUCCUUUCUCUUCAAAGUAAGGCCUUUUCUUUUUCUUUUUGGAUUAUGGAUCCAAAAUGUAAAUCUGAGAAUUAGAUUGUAAAUUUCAAUCAUCGAAAGGGCCCUUUGCAUUCACUUA